CAUUUGUUUAAUUAAUAACGAUGAUAUCGCUGACUGGUUAUCAGUUCUUCUGAUCAACAUUUGCAAAGGUAAGUUUGGUCUCUUCAUAUUUGUUAUAAACUACUGACACUGCCAAGACUUGCGACACACUUGAUAAAUAUAGUUCAAGUGUAAAAUAUCGAAAAUGACAGGAGCGUUGUAUGCGUUGAUUGAUUUAUAGUCUAGCUGAAUCGCAUUAAUUACUCGCUUAGAACUUCGUCCGAAGUAACUCUUCCGGCACUCAAUAUUCAUGCGUUUUUACAGAUGAUAUUUAGAAGAUAUUUUAGUCGUGCAUUUUAUCUCGCCGUAGCAAAUCAUAUGUAACUAAAUUUGUCUGGCAGGGACGGCAUGCCAUCGAUAUCUGUGCAAUUUUGAAUAGCGAAAUUGUAGCGACGCUGUUUACAAAGCAGUUCAGAUUGCAAACAAGGAAAGCUUUGUCAUUCUAAAAUGUGUUUGAUUUUCUUCGCAAGAAAUUUUUCUGAACCAGGGACCCUUUCUGAACCCUUUCUGAACCUUUCUGAACCUUUUCUGAACCGAUUGUUCUGAACCAGGGACCCUUUCCAGAACGCGUUCGGAAGGUCUCGCGGAACGCGUUUUAGAACGCGCUCUGGAACGCGUUUUUCAUUAGUUUACUUCUGAGCAGUACUGUAUAAUAAAUAAAUAAUCACACGGGCAAGUCGUAUAAUUAAUGAUUAACACUACUCGCGAUAUUUGAAAAAUUUUCCAAAUUGCACUCGCCCCGGCGGCUCGUGUUAUUUUCCCACAUUUUUCAAAUAUCACUCGUAAUGCUAAUCAUUAAUUGCACUCCUUCCUGCGUGAUUACCUACAAUAAUAGAAAGUUCAUUAGAAAAUUCAAAAAUCCUGCAAUAAAUUAUCAAUAUAUGAUUGUCCAACUGAUGCUAAUGUGUCUUUAAAAGGUCGAACUAAAGCUGUAACAACAGACAGUCUAACUGGUGCUGCUGUGUCCACAGUAGGUCCAACUGACGCUGCUGGGUUCACAGAAGGUCCAACUGAUGCUGCUGUAUCCACAGAAAGUCCAACUGACGCUUCUGUUUCCACAGAAAGUCCAACUUAUGCUGCUAUGUCCACAGAAGGUCCAACUGAUGCUGCUGUGUUCACAGAAGGUCCAGCUGACGCUUCUAUUUCCACAGAAAGUCCAACUUAUGCUGCUAUGUCCACAGAAGGUCCAACUGAUGCUGCUGUAUCCACAGAAGGUCUAACUGACGCUGCUGUGUCCACAGAAGGUCACACUGGUGCUGCUGUAUCCACAGAACGUCCAUCUGAUGCUGUCGUGUCCACAGCAGGUCCACCUGAUGCUGCUGUGUCCACAGAAGAUCCAACUGAUGCUGAUAUGCCCACAGAAGGUCGAACUGAUGCUGCUGUAUCCAAAGAAGGUCACACUGGUGCUGCUGUGUUCACAGAAGGUGCAACUGAUGCUGCUGUGUCCACAGAAAGUCCAACUGAUGCUGCUGUGUCCACAGAAGGUCCAACUGAUGCUGAUGUUCCCAAAGAAGGUCCAACUGAUGCUGCUGUGUCCACAGAAGGUCCAACAAAUGCUGCUCUUUCCACUGAAGGUCCUUCAGAUGCUGCUGUAUUCACAGAAAGUCCAGCUGAUACUGCUGUGUCCACAGAAGGUCACACUGGUGCUGUUGUGUCCACAGAAGGUCCAACUGAUCCUGCUGUGUCCACAGAAGGUUCAACUAAUGCUGCUGUGCCCACAGAAAGUCGCACUCGUGCUGCUGUUUCCACAGAAGGUCUAACUGAUGCUGCUAUGUCCACAGAAGGUCCAACUGAUGCUGCUGUGUCCACAGAAGGUCACACUGGUGCUGUUGUGUCCACAGAAGAUCCAACUGAUGCUGCUGUGUCCAAAGAAGGUCCAACUGAUGCUACUGUGUCCACAGAAGGUUCAACUGGUGCUGUUAUGUCCACAGAAGUGUCAACAGAAAGUCCAACUGAUAAUGCAACAAGAGGUCCAACUGACGCUGUUGUGCUUACAGGAUUUACAACUGAUACUGGUGUGUCAACAGAAUAUACAACUGAUACUGCUGUGUCAACAGAGGCUUCAACUACUGCUGUGUCAACACGAGGUCCAACUGAUACUGGAAAAACACCAGGUCCAACUGAUGCUAGUGUGUCCACAGUAGCGUCAACAAAACGUCCACCUGAUAAUGCAACAGGAGGUCCAACUAGCGUUGCUGUGUCAACAGAAUAUGCAUCAGAUGGUCUAACUACUCCUAUGUCAAGACAAGAUCCAACUAGCACUGUAACAACUGAAGGUCCAACUGAUGCUGUAAAUCUGAUAGAGGUGUGUUUAAGGGGUUAUUGA